AUGGCAUAUGGCCGCAAGAUCCAUUUUGUUGUCAUGAACAACCUCUUCCCACCCCAUCGAGAUAUCCAUCAAAUGUACGACCUGAAAGGUUCAACCAUCGGUCGAGAUUUCAAGGAAGAAGACCUCGAAGCAAACCCCCGAGCUACCCUGAAAGACCUCAAUUGGCUACGAAGGAACCGCCAUCUAAACUGCGGUAAAGCGAAACGAGAAGUCUUCCUUGCCCAGCUCCGUCGAGAUGUCACCCUACUCCAGCGCCUCAAGAUAAUGGACUAUUCCCUCCUGAUCGGGAUCCAUGAUGUGGAAAAGGGCAAUGAAGAGAAACUCCGUGAUCGAACACUUCAGAUCUUCCAGCCUGGAGGCGAUCUGGCUGACGAACAACAGCCAAACUUGCUUAUGCGAACGCCAUCACGGCUGGAAAAUGCACGAAAGGCAAGAGAGCUGAGAGAAAUGAUUAAACGCGAGAAGCCUGUCCCCAUGGAGCAUACUACUGCCAAGAUGCCGGACGAGGUGCUGGAUGAACGGAAAAACUUGGUCUUUUACUCAGAUGACGGCGGGCUUAGGGCAACACACGAGAAUGGGGAUCCCGGUGAUGAGAUAUAUUACCUUGGUGUUAUUGACUGUUUAACUCAUUACGGCAUGGUAAAGAAGGCAGAGCAUUUCUGGAAAGGACUUUCUCAUCCCAGCUCGCAAAUCUCAGCUAUACCACCCGAAGCGUAUGGGGAGCGUUUCCUAGAGUUCAUCACAAGCAUCACCAAAUCGAAGGAGGAAGUAGAACGCGAAAAGCAAGCUGCUGAGGCUGCUCAGACCCACACAACCGACGAAGCGGCCACCCCUGCGGGAAAGAGAUCCAUCGAUACACAGAAGCCACUGCCCGCACACCCGGAGCCAUCCCGGACACUGAAGACGGUGAGUACCCCGGCAGACUUCAAUAAUGGCAGUGCAGCGGCUACGUUGCCUGUUGUUGAAGAAGUCGGUGAGAAUAGCAGCACAGGAGGUAGGAGUGGGCGAAGCAACGUGAGUAGAGGAGGAGAGAGAGAUGACGCACCUGCGGAUGAAGACCAGUGGACAGACAUGGAAUCCAAACGGCACAGUUUCCGUACCGCAAGAACACCAGCUAGCCCGCCACCGGUAUCUGCGCCUCCUCCAAUCCCAACAUCAAGCAUCGAUACCAUCGAACUUAAUUCGCACACCCAUAUGAACAAUCCAACUGAUAAGAAAGGAACCAUUCGUGCCGUGAGGAGUAGUACCGAGAGAGACAAGGAGGCAUUGCCUACAACUGAUAGACCGCCGAUGCCUCAACGACCGCCCCCUACACCACCGACAUAG